AUGUCUUUCUUCAAAAAAUUCGUUAACAAGAAACAAAAAAACGAUGAAAAAUUAAACAUUGUUUACCAAGAAGAAGUUGCUUUUGAACCUGAAAGCAAUGAAAUUUCUCAACAAUGGGAAGAUGAAAUGAACUCCCAUUGGAAUGAUACACCCCAAGAAGAUGAAAAACCUUGGGAUGAUAUCGAAGAUCGACCCACCUAUACGGUCGAUUCAGAAGAAUUCGAAGAAGAAAAUUCUUCAAAUAAUCACUACAACCAAACCGUAGAGGAGAAUCGAUCAAAUGAUUCUUCUCAAGAUACGCUUGUCGAAUCAAGUAUUCUCGGAGGUCUUCUGCUCCUUCGAAUAAAAAUCCUUAUAUUAAAAUUGCGGUUGGCUGACGGAGAUUAUACAACAACGAUAAACCUGUUUGAGAUUUUAUUCAGCCAAUCAACUAUUAACUCUUCUUUUCGGAAUGGUGAAGACAUCGAGGAAACUAUUAUCAAGCUUGUUAAUAGUAGUAUUCGAAUCGAAGAUUUCCCACAUGUCCAAGUCUGUAUUAUCGACGAUAUGAUCUUCUCUUCGGAUAAUCGUCGGCUUUACGUAUUCCAGGAAGCGAUUCGAAGAGGAUUAAAAGUUGAUAAAAUUCCAGUACGAAUUCGACGAACUGCAGAUUUGAAUAUCAAAUGGAAGUUGGAAGGUUCAUAUAAAAUUGUUCGAAAUGAUAAUUUUAAAGAUAUAAUCAUAAGUCAAUAUGCAAGAAAUGGAAGAGUUAUAGAUAAAGAGG